AUGUCUUCCUACACUCCCACCACUGCCGGCCCUUCCACCGCCCCCACCGCAGACUUCACGUUCUUGGGCAAUGUAUUCUCGACGACUCUCGUGGACAAACCCCUCCACUCCCCUACCACACGCGCGGCGAUUCUUAGCCACACGUCGAGCAUGGGUUCGACUGGCGAGGAAGGGAUGAGGGCUCUGGCUGCGACGCAGCAACACCAGUGCCCGGCCUCAUGUGGCUCAUCCAGCGACGAGACGAUGGUCAAGCCCUGGUACUCGGACAUCGAAAGACUCUCAAGCCACUACGCGCCGGACGAGAACAUUCCACUGUCCACCUAUGACCCAGACUUCCCCCAUUAUUACGGCCAUUACCACACCGCUGCGUACCCUAGGAGUGAAGCGUUUCUAUCGAACACGCAGGGAGCCGCGGCGCCCGAUUUGUACACCACGCCUGACCUGCACGCCCCAUCGCCCUUCGAGAAACGAUACCCGUUCGUACCAUCCACGUCUUCUAUCCUGCUUGGUGCAACCCAUAUUCCCGUGUGGCAGGCACCGGAGCUCUCGUUUCCGCCAUCCCAUUAUGCGCCCGCGAGUCUCUCACACGAAGGGACGGUCAAGCGUCUUUUCCGCGAGGACGAGGACGACAUCGUAGACGAUGCUCCUGCCUCGAAGAGGAGUCGGUUGGCGGGACACGAUACCGUAGAGUCACAGAUGGCCGUAGAGGAGGGUAGCACGUCUGGGGCUGACCUCUCCGUAGGCGCACUCGCGGACGUCGCGGAAGACGAGGACUUUCAGAACGAGGAGCCUGAGGAGGACGUCGUUUCCGAGGCCGAAGAUUCGGAGGCCGAGUCAGAGGAGCAAAUCUCGGAGGCGGAGGAUGAGGAUGAGGAGGCUACUGAGGAAGAGGAGGAGCCCACACCACGCACGAAGCGGUCCCGGAGGACCAAAGACGAGGUUCUCAAGACGACCCGCCGCCUGCCAAGGGGAGUCCCAUGCCCCGUUCAGGGCUGCACCAAACCAGCCUUCAACCCAUAUGACCACGUGGGGAACCGAAAGCAUAUCGUGACGCACCUCGAACGGGCGGCCGUGAUUGAAUGCCCUUGGCCGGUGUGCGAGGACACGCGGGACUCGCAGAACCUUAUGAUCCACCACAUCACGGACGUUCACAUUGGGUUUCCGUACAUAUGUUUGCUCGACGAUAGGUGCACCUGGGGGUCCACGAAGUCGCAGUGGCAGACCCAACACAUGCAAAGGGACUGCAAGUACAGGCCCAUGUGA